AUGGAGCCCGGCGGCUUGCGGGGGCACCCGGGCACCCGGGCACCCAGGCACGGUUGGAGCCCGGUCGGGCGUCCUGGUGGCGGGGCGGGAGGCCCGGCGCACUGCAGCCGGGCCUCGCAAGCCCGGGCGCUUUGCUUCGGCUUUACGUGGCACCCUCGAGACCGCCCCUCUCCCGCCCUGGCUCGGAGUGUCCAGCGGCGCCCGGCUGCUCCUGGCCACAGGUCUCCGGGCCCGCGAGGUGGGCAGCGGGAGGGGCCCGCCCCUCUGCGCGCGGAGAAGCCGCACUCCUCGCCGGCGCCUGCACUGGGAUUUGGAGUUGCAAGAAGCAGCCACCACCUCCCGGGCUCUCGCCACUGCUCUACCGCGGGGAUCCUCGCGGCCCCGGGGCGGGCCCCGCUCUCACCCCGGGGGUCCAGAAGCGAGGCCCGCCGAGACACCCCGGACCUCCCCUGGGCGCCAGCUCCUCGGCUCCAACGGGUCCAGAAACAAUCCGGAUUUUUUUUUUUUUUUUUUUUAUCUGGAGAUUGGCUUUGCUGUGUGUUUCCCUACCUCCCUCCGUCCCCUCCCAGCCCCCACUUUUUUUUUUUUUUUUUUUCUGGAGACAUGGCCCGAGCAGUGGCUCCUGGAAGAGGAACAAGUGUGGGAAAAGGGAGAGGAAACCGGAGCUAAAUGACAGGAUGCGGAC